GAGUGUAACAGGCAGGGCCUGGUGUAGCCUGUUGCCUUCCUCAGUGUCUUGCUGCUGCUCCCGUUUCAGGGGAGAAGCUACUCUUGACAGAGCUGUGGUCAAGAGACUCGCCAAGAGGGUUGUCCUCAUUCUAGGUGCUGCAAAAUAAACUGUGGUGUCUGGGGAUCAUGGCUACAGACCCACUCUCGGAGCUUCAGGAUGACCUGAACUUGGAUGAUACCAACCAGUCCCUCAGCCAGCUCAAACUGGCUUCCAUAGAUGAUAAGAGCUGGCCAGCAGAUGAAGCCCCUGCUUUUCCCAAAUCAGAGGACUCCAAAGGCUCCCCUGAGCCCGUCACUCAUCUGCGGUGGGAUGAUCCCUACUAUGAUAUCGCCAGGCACCACAUUGUGGAAGUAGCAGGUGAUGACAAAUAUGGAAGGAAAGUAAUUUUGUUCAGUGCCUGCCGGAUGCCCCCAAGUCAUCAACUUGAUCACGUGAAACUGCUGGGGUACCUGAAAUUCACACUGGACCAGUAUGUGGAGAGUGAUUACACACUGGUGUACCUGCACCAUGGCCUGACCAGUGAGAACAAGCCAUCCCUGAGCUGGCUGCGGGAUGCCUACAGGGAAUUUGAUCGCAAGUACAAGAAGAACAUCAAAGCUUUGUAUAUUGUGCACCCAACCAUAUUCAUCAAGACCCUGCUGAUCCUCUUCAAGCCUCUGAUCAGCUUUAAGUUUGGACAAAAGAUUUUUUAUGUGAACUUCCUUAGUGAGCUGGAGGAGUAUGUCAAGCUGGAACAGUUGGGGAUCCCAAGACAAGUGCUGAAAUACGAUGAAUAUCUGAGAUCCUUGCAGAAACCUUCACAAGUGCCCCAGAAGCCAACACCCCCACGCCCACCGCUGCCAAACCAGCAGUUUGGAGUCUCGCUGCAGCAUCUCAGGGAGAAGAGCCCUGAUCAAUCUCCUGUUCCUCUGGUGGUCAGAGACACUGUUGCUUAUUUGCAAGAGCACGCUCUUGCUACAGAGGGGAUUUUCCGGAGAUCAGCAAAUACACAGGUUGUCAGGGAGGUCCAGCAAAAAUACAACAUGGGUGUGCCUGUAGAUUUCCAACAGUAUGAAGAUGUCCACCUCCCUGCUGUCAUUCUCAAGACCUUCUUGAGGGAGCUACCUGAGCCCAUCCUCACUUUUGGCCUCUACAGCCAUGUUGUCAGCUUCCAGAGUGUGGAGGAGGUGAAUCGUGUGGAUGUUGUUCGCAAAACACUCCAGACUCUGCCAGAAGAGAACUACCAAGUGCUCCAUCUACUGACAGCCUUUCUGGUGCAGGUCUCUGCUCAGAGUGACAGAAACAAGAUGACAAACACCAACCUGGCAGUUGUGUUUGGCCCAAAUCUGCUGUGGGCCAAAGAUGUAGCCAUCACCCUAAAAGCCAUCAACCCCAUCAAUACCUUUACCAAGUUCCUGCUGGACCACCAGAAGGAGCUUUUUGAGGAUGUGGAGGCCUGAAUCCAGGCCAGCCGACACCAGCACACUGUGCCCACCUUCCCACCUUUUUUCCCACCUUGUCUUGGGAGCUGUGACCAAGCUGUCUCCAAUGCAAAGGGACCAUUGAUCCUCUGGGUGAUGAGCAGAGCGAGGGCUGUGGAGAUAGAUGGUGGAGAGAGUGUGUAGGUAAGCGAGCAGGACACCUGCUGCUCCGGAUGGGGAAGGGGAGCUGGUGUCCCAGCUGCUGCUGGGUGGAGUCCUAACCCACCUGCCAUUCUGUGCAGCUCUUGCAGGGCUCAUCACCAGCCUGCUGCCCUAUCAGAUGACCUGCCUUCUUUUCCUCCUUCCCUCACGUGCAGUUUUUCUGCCCUCCUUGGUCCCUUCCUCAGCAAAGAUCUUUUUAUGUUUAAGCUCCCAAUAGCUCCAGCUGGGCUGUCUGGGCUAGGGCAGGCUCGCGGUGUUUUGUGGCAGAGACGUUCCUGCUGUGAGUGCCAUUUCUCAGCGCUGAACCUGCAUCCUGCCUUUCCCCAGAGGCACCUAAAGCAGGGAGGGAAGCCAGGCAGCCCUUGUGCUUCAGGUGGCAGCGUGUUCUGCACUUGCAAGCACCACUCGCCCCGAUGCAUUUGGCCGGCAAGUGAAGAACAGGCUCACAGCACACAGGCUGUAUACCUGUCAGACUCUGAUAUAAGGAAGCUGAAUUUAUCCCAAACCCCUCUGGGAUCACCCACUCCAGGUACUCUUCAGUGUUCACUGGGGUGUAGUGGGUGAGGUGGCUCCCAUAGUUACCCGGCUCAGGUGCAUUUGUCCCUCCAGCAGCAUUUCCAGCCUGACUCAUGCCGGACCUGGCUGUGCGGGGGGGCUGGCUGGGGCCCUUUGGGAGCUGGUGAGCCUGAAUGGCAGGGAGCAAGCGCCCUGGUGGCGCUGCGUGGCUGCACACGCUGAGGAUCACUGCCUUUCCCCAUGGCAGCAGCACAAGACCUCUCCCUUCUCCGUCAGGCCUGUGUAUCUGUGCUGGCUGGCACAGACCGCCUUGGCUAGUUGUCUUUCUGAGCAGAGCUUUCCUCAGUACAGCCUAACAGAGAGCAUGGCCUUGAGGGAAGCUCUGGGGACUGGGGCUAACCCUCGCUGUGGAGUGCACCAGGCCUAGAUUAUGGAUUUCCCAGGUGCUGAGCACUCAUGUGCCAAAGCUGUGAGGGAACAGCUACUCCAUGCCAAGGGCCUUUGCCCCAUCUCCUCCUCGGUUUGUACUUUCCUUCCAUCCUACCACGGAAGCCUGGUCAGAUGCAUUCUGUAUGCCCUGGGCGUGCUGGAGAGAUCAGGUUGUCCGCAGGGCAGGCUCAGAGCAGGGUGGGCCUGGCACCCUCCCGAAGCAGCUGCAAUACUGUUAGGACAUUACUGUUGGCUUUGGGUUGUGGCGUUCCCGUUACCUGAGCUCAAAGAGAUCGCCCUCCUUAGCCUGGGCCCGGCAGGGUUGUUAGUAGGGUGCUUCUAGCCUUACUCCACUAGUGUGUUUUAUCUUUGUAUCUUGUGCCCUGUGUGCCCGGGCCAGUCCUCCCUGCCGCAUCUGGCUACAGGGACAAAUCUUUUGGACCAAGCAGAACUAAUUUUUAAAAAGCUACUGGAUGCUAAAUAGGAUUUGCUUUUUCAUAAUAUUUUAGCCUGCCUUUAAACACUGACAGAAGUUGGUGCCCCAGUUGUACUCAAAAUAAGUGACAUCAGCUGCAGGAAUGGAAAUUGCUCUUUUUGCUAAGCUCUGGAAUGGGGAUGGGUGCAAACACAGGCAGCUCUGCGGGGCAGUGCGGAUCCGGCCACCUGGCUUGGAGGAGGCACACCAACAUAUGGGUGGGGACAGUGAGCAAGAGACUGGGCGUUACUAAGGCUGGAGCAAGAGAGAUUCUAGGAGAGGGCUGGGUCUGAUCCCUUCUACAUACUGGGGAACUUUGCCCUAUGGAGUCUACAAGGCUGCUUACUCUCCCUCUUCUAAGAGUAGGAGUCAUUCCUGUUUGGCCAGGACAUGAAUUGUUUCAGCCUGAACAAAUCACAGCGGUAAUCAUAUAAACGCUUUGGAGGGAGAGAUACUCAGCUCCUAAUUCACCUGCAGUAUCUACUAGAGUAAGUUAGCAGGGCUGAUGUGCUGUGGAAGAGUAAUCUCCUGGGAGGGACAGUGUGAAGAGCGGUGCACUUGCCCCAGUGCUCGCUUUAAGAGGCAAGGCUUUCUGGGCAGCCUGGGAGGAGUGGGGAGGCUGAGGGAGCCCAGUGCAGUCCCCUUUCCCUGCAGGCACCCCCCCAGUUCUGCGUAGGUUUCAGCAUGGAGGGAGACGCGGUGAUUUGACUGUAUCUGCAGCUGACACUGGCCUCAUUUACAUCCCCCUAGAGGAUGUAACUUCUCCUGCAGCAAAAGAGCCCAAGGUCAGCACCUUGGGGCUGGAAGUGCCUGUGUGCUGGGGCGCUAAGCCUCGGCCUGACGUGCAGCCCCAGCUCCCUGGGCAGGGUGGCACGUUCCGGCCCUGUGCAGCAGCAAGGACCGUUCCAUGCCCAGUAGCAAGAGGAGCAGUGCUGGGGUAGCUUAGCUCCUCUCCGGGGGGAGAGGAGGGAUAGCUGCAAGUCUGUGUUCUGGCUGGAGUUUGUUUGGUGGGUGCUUUUUAUUUUUUAAAGUGAAUUCUUGAAAUAAUGUUCCUUUUCAGCAAAAUAGAGACUGGUGCACCCCCUGCAGGCAGGGAUAAAAGCCUGCUCCAGUUCAGUGCCUGCAGGAAGCAGAUAAAUGCUUGCAAAUCCUGGAAGGGACCCUGUGAAAAUAUCCCCUUUCCUCUGCUGGUCCACGUUCUGGAGCUGCCGGGGGCCCCAGAGCAGGCCCAGUAACCAGGGUUGCUUUUGCAGUCUGCUCUCCUGAAUGCCUUGUAUGGAAAUGUCCCUCCUGUGACUUGAGCAAGGAACUGGCCGGGGCUCGCCCGCAGCCCACGCUGGGGGGAUGGCCGCCAGGGCCUGCGUCUGUCAAGCCCAAGGAGGGUUAAAUUCCUUCCUCACCUGAUCAGCCUCGUUGCACAGGCAGCAUGUUGGCUGGGCAGCUUUUCUCUGCUACGUAUAGGUGGGGGGCAGAAUCGGAUUAGGGUGCUGGUCUUUUGUGUUGGUGUUCUCCUUGCUGUAGAGCUGGCCAAGGGUGUCUUCCAUGGCUUGUCUUUCAGGUUAGCUAUUAGCCAUUUUACCCUGUGGGGGUACUUGUUCCACUUCAGCCCUCUUUUUGGCACCUAGACCAUUCCCCUCUGCUAAGCCUCCCACUGUCUUAAUGGCCUCUGAUCCCUCCCUGCUCCCUGGCCCAAGCUGUGUACCAGCACCCAAGCUUUUGGGUGGUGCAGGGGAUGCUGCGGCCACCUGCAUGCCUUGUGGCAAUGAUUGCUAAUUUGAGAGAGCUGAGGGCCAGUUCGGUCCCUGCUUCCUCUUUCACGCGCAGGGGAUCCUGUGCAAAAUUUUUGGCUCCACUGUUUUGCUGGUGCUCCCUGCCGCCUUUUCCGUUGAUGUUCGUCAGGCAUGGGGCCAGGGUUUUGACGGUUCACAUUGUUUAUUUCCUUCUAGUCUGCAUCAAUCUUAUAUUUCACAGUUUGCACUUUUUGUAUUUCAAUAAAAAUCAAAAUGUAAUCCCAGA